AUGACUGGAUGUGUGGCAGGCGGUGUCGUGCCCAUCAGGGAGCUGUGUGACCUGCAGACGGGUGAACAGUGUAUAAUAGUGGGCGCCAUAUUCAAAAACAUGGAGCUGCCCUCCAUCCUGAAGGAGAUCAGUGAGGAGCACAAUCUAUUGCCUCAACCACCUAGUGCCAAAUACAUCAGCCAAUCAGAUGAGCUUAUUUUGGAGGAUGAACUGCAGAGGAUGAAACUGGAAGGCAACAUUGACACUCCUAAGUUUGUAACAGGUAGUGUUAUUGCUAUCAUGGGUGCAGAGAAGAAUGAUGGGAAAUUCACUGUUGAAGACUUCCUCCACGGACCCCCAGACAGCCUCUCAGCUCAGACAG